AUGCCUGAUACUAUCCAAGUCAGUCCAUCUGAUAUCCAGGUCCUUCAGACCCUUCGAAGAUCCGAACACUCCACAGUCUUAAAGGUAGCUGUCCGUGGUGAAACAAGGCUUAUGAAAAUCUAUCGCGAUAGACUCCCAUCCGAGCACGAUUCUCCAGACCGCGAAAUCAACCCGUUCACUUGCGAAUCUUCAGCCUAUCACCGACUAAAAGAGAAGGGACUAUGCACAACAGGUGUCAUUCCUUACUUUUAUGGGAUAAUCACAAACAUCCAGCCCGACCUCUGGCCAGAACUCUAUAUACGUUCUGACGACGGGAGACCUCUGAAUGCAGUUGUCUUGGAGUAUAUUGACAACAUGCACCAAAUGGAUCUAUCUACAUUCUCGGAAAGCCGUCUAACCCAGCUAGAACGUAUCCUACACGAGAUACACGAAGCAGGUGUGCUUCAUGGGGAUCCCGACCCUAGAAACAUGAUGGUGUGUGCUGGCCGUAAUGGUAGACAAGACAGGGUGCUUUGGAUUGAUUUCGACUUGGCCCAGCUCCCCCCGGGGGGUUAUCUUUCGCUGAGACAACAGAUGUGGCUGCAAGAGGAGAACGAUCUGAUGGAUUAUUUUGUUAAAUCGUUGCCUGAGGAUUACCGUGAGGGAAGGCUUAAUCGGACCUGGAAUUAUUAUUAUACAAGGACGUGA